AUGUUUAGACGCCCACGAGAAACCCAGCCUGACCCCAUAACCUUGGAGGUUGGCGAGAUACUUGCGCCCCUAGUUAUCUUUCCAUGGGGACCGCUUGCGAUGAACUACUUGGGUGUUCCUAUUGUACUAGGCACUGCUAUGAUCGCUGUUCACGAUGAUGACUAUCAGACAGCAUGCCAGAGACUGCAGGACAAUGAGUUUCGCGUAGCAGUCCCUGACCGCAGGCCUGCCCCCGAGUUGUUGGAAAGGCUCCCAGAUCCGGAUAAGGUUAUGAAAAAGGUCAACAAAAAAUAUGAACGUCUUGAUAAAUCAACAACAUUGUUUGACUACCCAGUCGACCACCACCUAGCCGGAGGCCUCAAGUUGAUUGUUGUUCCAAACUCCUUCGCAAAUCUUCCGACACCAGGUGUGACUGACGAAUCGACGCCCAAUUCUCUCUCUACCAAGGAUUACGACAUAUAUGGCAACAUCUCUCACCCACUUGAACACACGUUGGUUGAGAGUUUUGCAAAGGGUGUUCUUAAGGAUGAAGAUGAUGAAGAUUGCCCCACUUCGAUUUGGGGAGAUUCAUUGAGUACCUGGGUAGCUAUGAUGGUGUCAUAUCUUGAGAUUGACAAUGACAUUCUGGACAGUUGUUCAGAUGAGCGUGCAGUUGAAUGGUUCAGUGUGAACUAUGGGCGAAUACACGAGGAAAAGUUCGGCCCCUGGGACAGACGUGUUUCGAAGCGACUGGGGUCUGGAAAAGAAAUGCCUGUGGAUAUGAGAGGUAAUCCGUUGGCUGAGUGA